AUGGCUGAGUCCAACUCUAUUUUCAAGUCCUUUGCGUAUCCUGGCAAUCAUGAGAAGCUUGCCAGCUUGCCGCCAACGCAAAACUUCAUUGACAAUGAGCUCGUGACAUCCAACGCGACACAAUGGAUCGACGUGCACGAUCCUGCAACAAACGAACUCUUGACACGGGUCCCUGAGAGCACCAACGAUGAGUUGAAGGAGGCAGUUCGGUCUGCCAAGGCCGCAUUUCCUGGUUGGAAGAAGACCAGCAUCAUCAAGAGACAGCAGAUUAUGUUUCGACUCACCCACCUGGUCCGGAAGCACAUGGAUGACCUUGCCACCAGUAUUGUGACGGAGCAAGGAAAGACGUUUGCCGAUGCGAAAGGCGAUGUUCUGCGUGGUCUCCAGGUGUGCGAAACAGCCUGUGGAAUCACCACGCAGCUGACGGGCGAAGUGCUCGAGGUGGCAAAGGACAUGGAGACUCGCUCUUAUCGCCAGCCAUUGGGAGUUGUUGCAGCCAUCUGCCCAUUCAACUUUCCUGCCAUGAUUCCUCUGUGGAGUCUGCCAGUUGCCACUGUCACCGGAAACUGCAUUAUUGUCAAGCCCUCUGAGCGUGACCCAGGGGCUGCCAUGAUGAUUGCAGAGCUUUGCAGAGAAGCCGGCUUCCCGCCUGGUGUGGUCAAUGUUAUCCACGGUGCCAAGGAUGCAGUCAAUUUCCUUCUUGAUGAGCCCGAGAUCCAGGCCAUUUCCUUUGUCGGCUCCAACAAAGCCGGUGAAUACAUCUAUGAGAGGGGAAGCGCCAACGGCAAGCGUGUGCAAGCCAACUUGGGCGCCAAAAACCAUGCGCUUCUAAGCCCUGACGCCAACAAGAAUCAUGCUUUAGACGCCAUCGCAGGAGCUGCUUUUGGAGCUGCUGGGCAGCGAUGCAUGGCCUUGAGCGUGUUGGUCAUGCUUGGAGAUGCCAAGGAAUGGUUGCCAGAUCUUGUCAACAAAGCCAAGACCUACGUCGCCGGAAGUGGCUUCGACCCCAAGUCUGACUUUGGUCCUGUUAUCACUCCCCAAAGCCGAGAGCGAUGCGAGGCUCUUAUCACAAGUGCCGAGAAGGAGGGGGCAAGAAUCGUCCUGGAUGGACGUGGAUACAAGCCCGAGGGCUUCCCCAACGGCAACUGGGUCGGACCAACCAUCAUUGCUGGCGUUCGUCCAGACAUGGAGUGCUAUAAGGAAGAGAUCUUUGGCCCUGUCCUACUGUGCAUGGAAGAGGAAAGUCUCAAAGACGGCAUUUCCUUGGUCAAUUCCAACGCCUGGGGCAACGGAGCCGUCAUCUUCACCAACUCUGGUGCAAAGGCCUCCUUGUUCCAGCAAGAGAUUGAUGCUGGUCAAGUCGGAAUCAACGUACCGAUCCCUGUGCCGCUGCCUAUGUUUUCCUUCACUGGAAACAAGCGAAGUGUGGCUGGAACUGGUCUUGCCAACUUUUAUGGCAAGGAUGGGUUGAGAUUUUACACCCAGUGGAAGACUGUCACUUCAUUGUGGCGAUCCGAGGAAGCGAGUACCGGAGAGAAGUUCACUACCAUCACCGCAGCGGAAUGA